UUUCAGUGAACUUUACUUUUACUUUAGCACCGCUUAUAAAACCGCGGGAAACACAGAAAACGGAAAAAAAGAUGGGUAAUCAAGGGAGUAGCAGUCAGGUGCUUGGAGAAAAACUCCACAACAAUAUUUCUGUGUCUUGGAAGAAAGUAACCCCCUGCGGGUUUCCACUGCGUGAGGGACAGUGUGCAUGUUGCCAUGGUAACAGUCUGUAUGUAUUUGGUGGAGUUAUCCAGGAUGGUGAUAAUCACAUGGAAAGCAAUGAUUUGUUAAAGUUCAAUGUAGUUGAUCAUACAUGGACUUUAAUUGAUGCUAAGGGAAAACUUCCAGAUCCUAGAUCUGCAGCUAGUUUAGUGUCGGUUGGUAACAAGCUUUACCUCUUUGGUGGCCUGAAUCAGGACAGUGGAUGGCAGGACAGCCUUUAUGUUUUUGAUACUGACAACAAUACAUGGUCAGAGUUAGAGGGUGAAGGUAACAAACCAAGCGCGAGAGACAAGUUACAGGGAUCUGUAGUGGACUCAUGUAUAUACUAUUUUGGAGGGUUUGGACCACAGUUUACAGGAGAUGAGGAAGACUGGGAAGAUAUGGACGACGAAGAUGAUGAUGACGUUAUAGAGGAAGCCAGAACUCAACAGGCAGCUCAGUUUGGCUGGUUCAAUGAUCUAUACUGUUUUGAUACAGCUACAAGUAAAUGGUCACAACCAAUGCAAAUGAAUCUUGGUGUGCCAACAGCACGUGCAGCACAUGGUAUGUGCACAGUGGGGCAUGACCUUGUUAUAUUUGGAGGUAGAGAUACAGAGAAACGGACCAAUGAUCUUCAUAUUUUCAAUGUUGAUACAAGAAAAUGGGAUCUAGAGAUGGAGGUGAAAGGUCAGUGGCCGGCUGCAAGGUCAUUUCACACAACAACAGGUGUUGGUAAAAGAGUGGUUGUUAUGGGAGGCAGAGGACAGGAUAAUAACCAUCUUGCUGACUUUCAUAUAUUUGAUACUGAAACUAAGGAAUGGCUACAACCCAAUGUGUCUGGGGAUAUACCAGAAGCAAGGGGGCAGCACUCUGUUGCAGUUGUUGGAGACCAGCUGGUACUGUAUGGUGGAUCCUCAAAAUUUAGUCCAGAAAUAAUGAUGUGCCAAAAGUUCCAUGGAGAUACUUAUGUUUUACAAAUAGCUGAUGUACUGAAAGGCAAGGCAGAACCAGUAGAUACUAAUGGUACAGGCUCCUGAUACCAACAUUUACUGUAAUACUCUCAUGCCAAGACCAUUCAUAAAGAUAUAAAGAGAUUUUUACCAGUGAGAUUUUUAAGUAGUUGUUAGGGUGAUCAUAAUUUCUUCAUACAUACACUGGAUAAUAAUCUAUGAUGACUAAAUACAUGUAUUAACAAUGAAGUGUUGAUGUAAUUUUAGUGGGACAAAUAAUGCAUUUACAUCUGCAUUUGAAGUACAAAGUAAUGGAAGAAAGGAAAUAUUUGACACACGUACAUGAUCCAAGUAAAAAAGCUGUAGACAAGGUCUUCAAAAGUGAUACGAAAAUAAUUGUACGAACUAAAUGGCAUCAUAUUGUUCUCUUCUAUUAAUAAUUCAAGGAUAUACUGGUGCUGUGAAAUCUUUAAUGAUCUUAGGGUUUAAUUUUGUGAAUUUGGAGAUUGUAUGAAUCCAUGAAAAACAUUUAAAAACAUCUGUUUUCAGUUAUUUUAUUGAAUAUAUACAUCUUCAUUUCGACAUGAAAUAAGUUUGAGCUGAAACCAUUAGAUUGCUCACUUGCUUAGCUCAAUAGGGAGAGGGCAAAUAUACGGAUUGCGGGAUCAUGAGUAAGGGUUUGAUCCCUAGCAGUGUGUAUGUUCUCCAUGACGAUUUGAUAAAAGACAUUGUGUCUGAUAUCAUUCGUUCUCCACCUCUAAUUCAUGUGGUAAAGUUGGCAGUUACUUGCGGAAAAUAGGUUUGUACUGGUACAGAUAUGGUUAACUGCCUGCCGUGAUGUAACUGAAAUACUGUUGAAAUGGCGUUAAACCCAAAACGAACAAACACAUACCGGUAUUAAAUUUUAUGCUGAUGAAAAAGAGAUCUUGCACCCUGUAUUUGACUGUCUUUACCAUGGAACAAUAAAUUUAGAUAUAAAACUAAUUAUUAAAGUAAUUGCUUGUUUCAAAAUUAUAAUAAAUGGAAUUUGUUUUUUUUCUAUUUACUUUUAUAAUAUAAGUAUAGUCAAUAAUUAUUGUAUAAUAAAUGCUGUGUAUAGCACAUACCAUUUACUUCUUCUUAUACUAUAAAGUUUCAGUGCAUAAUGUGUAUUGACCACUACACCCUUACCCAUAUGAAAGAAAGCCAGCCAGUACACUAAGUCUAAGAUUAAACAUUAGUUAUGUACAGUAUCUUACUGGUAUAGAAUUUGGACAGUAUCUUACUGGUGUGGAAAUUGGGGAAAUUAUGAUACAAAGGGUACAAUGCAGAUCAAAUUAAACAUUACUAAACAUUAAUUGUAUAAAUAUAUACUUUUUUUGCAAAAAUAAAGGGGUAUAAGUAUAUACUUAUACUGUACAUCUGGUAAUCAACUUUAAUUAUGUCUCCCACCACACAGUGGUGUGGGAGACAUUUUGAUUUACUCCAGUCUGUGUGUGUGUCUGUCUUAAAGCUUGUCCGCACUCUUUAAGUCGAACAUUUCUCAUCCGAUUUUCACCAAACUUGAACAAAAUGUGUUUGACCAUAAGACCUCGGCCAAGUUCGAUAACUAGCCAAAUCGGUCCAGGCGUCUUGGAGUUAUGGGCCUUGAAUUACCAAAAAUCGGUCUUUUUACUCUUGUCCGCACUCUAAUUCGAAUAUUUCUCAUCCAAUCUUCACCAAACUUAAACAAAAUGUGUUUGAACAUGAGACCUCGGCCAAGUUCAAUAACUAGCCAAAUCGGUCCAGGCAUUUUGGAGUUACGGCCCUUGAAUUAUCGAAAAAUUGGCCUUUUUACUCAUGUCCGCACUUUUAAUCAAACAUUUCUCAUCCGAUCUUCACCGAACUUGAACAAAAUGUGGUUGACCAUGAGACCUCGGCCAAGUUCGAUAACUAGCCAAAUCGGUCCAGGCAUUUUAGAGUUACGGCCCUUGAAUUAUCGAAAAAUUGGCCUUUUUACUCAUGUCCGCACUUUUAAUCAAACAUUUCUCAUCAGAUCUUCACCAAACUUGAACAAAAUGUGUUUGACCAUGAGACCUCGGCCAAGUUCGAUAACUAGCCAAAUCGGUCCAGGCAUUUUAGAGUUACGGCCCUUGAAUUACCGAAAAAAUCCGUCUGUUUACUCUUGUCCGCUCUCUAAGUCGAACAUUUCUCAUCCGAUCUUCACCAAACUUGAACAAAAUGUGUUUGGCCAUAAGACCUUACCCAAGUUCGAUAACUAGCCAAUUCCGCCCAGGCACUUUUGAUUUAUGGCCCUUGAAUUACUGAUUGGAUCCUAUCAUCCAGACCAUCUAAUUGGAUCCACACGUCUAAAACAUCUAGAGAAACUAACAUUUUUUCAUAGGGGACAUGCGCUUUUCUCAAAAGCAUCUCUAGUUAUUGUUUGUUUUCAAAUUUACACUUGGUUUUUUAAGCAGUAAAAUGUUAUAGUGACACUCGUAAUUAGCGUGACCGGACAAACUGGCGAUCUACUCCGAAGGUGUUAUAUACCAUGUUUACGGACAAUGGCGAAGAUAAAAAAAAACUGCAUCUAAGUUUACAAAAAUAGAUGACUUUUAUACUAAUAUUCAAACAGGUAAAAUUAUUCUAUUCAAAACUUUCUGCAGGAUAAUAGUUAGGAAUGCAGUUAUUGUCAUAUGUACACAAUAAAUAUAUAUUUCUCUG